GCGCCUCUUCAGCCUAGAAAAAUGCUUAUUAGAGUCAACACUUGCCACAUUCUCAUUGUCUCAGCACUGCUCCUGCUCUUCAUGUUCUCAUCUUGGAGAAGACAUGAGUGGCACCAGGGGGUCUGUGCUCCCAACAAGACCCACGUGCUGAUUCUCUCUACCUGGCGCUCUGGAUCCACUUUUGCAGGCCAGCUUUUCAACCAGAAUCCAGACGUCUUUUAUUUGAUGGAGCCAGCCAAGCACGUGUGGAAUCGCAUGCCUUGGGGCAGCCCAGAGCUUCUCCAGGGGCCAAUGAGGGACUUGUUGCACUCCGUAUUUCUGUGCGACAUGACAGCCCUCUUGUCUUACAUACAGCAUCCAAGCAAGGUGUUCCAUCUCUUCAUGUGGCCCAUGAGCCGGGCCUUGUGCUCACCUCCAGCCUGCGAAGCCUUCAGUCGCUCAGACAUCAUAGAUACGGAGGCCUGUAAAGCCCAUUGUGGUCACACAUCUACAGAGAAGAUUUCAGAGGCCUGCACCACUUACAGCCAUGUUGUGGUCAAGACAGUACGUUUUUUCCAGCUGGAAGCACUUUAUCCACUCCUGACAGAUCCUUCCCUCAAUCUCCGCAUUAUACACUUGGUCAGGGACCCUCGCGCUGUGUAUGCUUCCCGUCGGACCAUCUCCCUUUUCCCCGACGAUCUGCUCAUCAGCAAUGCCAUCAAUGCCACUCCCAGCACCCCUGUGGUCAUGCGCAAGGUCUGCCACAGCCAGGUCCAGAUGUACCUCACAGCCUUGUACCAAAUGCCUCCAGCUCUGAGUAGGAAGUAUCUCCUGACACGGUAUGAAGACUUAGUGAGGAACCCCCUCGGGCAGUUGGCAGAGUGGUACCGUUUCACUGGCUUGACCUCCUCCCGUAGGCUUGAGGCGUGGGUGUACAACAUCACUCACUGGUCUACCAGGAACACUGACCGAUCCGGUUUCGAUCCCUUGGGGAUACAGAAAAAUGCCAAUGCGGUAUCCCAGGCCUGGAGGAAGCACCUCGACUUUCAGGAAGUGAAAGAAGUGCAAAGCAUCUGCCAACUAGCCAUGGAAGUCUUUGGUUAUAGACAGGUGGAGUCAGAGGAGGAGCAGAGAGAUUUGACAUUGGGUCUUGUCCUUCCCAGAAAGAGAGAUUAA